AUGGGCCAUACGCCCAAUAUGGGCUGUUAUAAUUACAUUCUAACAGGCCUCAUACCUGCAUCUAUCGGGAACCUCUCAAAGUUGACUAACCUGUUUGCACAAAAUGCUCAACUAGAGGGUGCCAUUCCAGCAAGCCUAGGGAAGCCGACGAAUCUGGUAUCCCUUGAUCUCUCGAUGAACCACCUAAAUGGUUCGAUUCCUAGAGAGAUUUUGAAGCUGCCACUCGUUUCCAACGUCUUAUCCUUAUCAUACAAUUCGCUAUCGGGGCCCCUUCUUCCUGAAGUUGGUAGCUUGGGGAACAUCAACAACCUGGUUUUGUCCGGAAACCAAUUGUCUGGUGAGGUACCUGAUAGUAUUGGCAAGUGCACUGUGCUGCAAGGACUUUGGUUGGACGACAAUUUAUUCGAGGGAACUAUACCUCAAUCUCUGAACAGUUUGAAGGGUCUGUCUACACUCAACUUAUCUAUGAAUAGGUUGUAUGGUUCUAUUCCUGAUGGCAUUGGUAGCAUCAACAACCUGCAAGAAUUAUAUCUUGCCCACAACAACUUGUCUGGGCAGAUCCCAAUUGUUCUAGAGAAUUUGACAUCAUUGUCAGAAUUGGAUCUGUCAUUCAACAAUUUGAAUGGAGAGGUGCCAAAAGAGGGAAUAUUCAAAAAUCUGGCUAACAUGUCGAUCACCGGAAAUAAUGAUCUUUGUGCAGUCAACCUGUUAAUCUAUAAGAAGCUCAAACAAAAGCAAAGGAGCCCAUUCCCACCAUCAAUAGCCGAGGAACAGUAUGAUCAAAUUUCUUACCAUUCAUUAGCUAGAGGAACGGAUGAAUUUUCAGAAGCCAAUUUGCUUGGAAAAGGAAGUUUUGGAGCCGUAUACAAGUGCACUUUUCAAGAUGAAGGAAUCAUCGCCGCUGUGAAGGUUUUCAACCUCCAAAUAUCUGGAUCUUCUAGAAGCUUUGUGGCUGAAUGCCAAGAGUUCAAGGGACUAGUUUUUGAGUUCAUGCCAAACGGUAGCCUAAAUGGUUGGCUUCAUCCAGAAUCUGACACACCUGCUCAAACAAAUACUCUUAGCCUAGAGCAAAGGCUAGACAUUGCCGUUGAUAUUGUGGAUGCUUUGAACUAUCUUCAUAAUCACUGUGAGCCACCAAUUGUUCAUUGUGAUCUCAAGCCAAGCAAUAUUCUUCUUGCAGAAGACAUGAGUGCCCGAGUUGGAGACUUUGGCAUAUGUAGAAUCCAUCCAGAAAGGGCAAGUAAAACCCUGCAAAAUUCCAAUAGCACAACUGGAAUAAGAGGCUCCAUCGGCAAUGUUGCUCCAGAUUCAUUGGAUCUUCAUAAGUUUUCAGAGGAUGCUCUUCCAGAUAGAAUCUGGGAGAUAGCCGAUGCAACAAUGUGGCUGCACACAGACAUCCAUCACAACGAUAGAAGAAGCAGAAUAGAGAAUUGUUUGGUUUCUGUAAUUGCUCUCGGAAUAUCCUGCUCAAAGAAACAAAUUAGGGAGCGGACACCAAUGCAGGAUGCAGCCACAGAGAUGCAUGAUAUCAGGGAUUCGUACCUCAAGUUUGUCAGUUCUGUUUGUGUGGAACAUAGAGAAGAACAACGCUCUGCAGUGAUUUGCCGCAACAGUGAAUAA